GCAGUGAGUGUGGUGUGAUUCCGGCUUGAUUCUUGAUGGGGAUGGAGAUGAAAACCAGGAGAAAGCCCCUUAAAUUUCUUCUCGUGUUUAUCUUUCACAACCCCAUCAUCUGUCUUUCAUAAACCCUUUCAAAAAUGGCGGUUAGCCCUAGAAAAUUGGGCAUCUUCGGAUGGGCAUUGAGACAACGCAAGCAAUCUAAAGGCCAACUGGUGAAUCACUUCUCAACCGGGAAGCUCAUUGUUUCCCAGGCGAAGCCAGACCUCCGGUCAACGAACAACACAAUUACAGCUUUGAUCCGAAGUGGCAGGCUUGAGGAUGCCCGGUUCAUGUUCGACCAAUUGAGGCACAGAGAUAUUGUGACAUGGAAUUCGAUGCUCACUGGGUACACCCGACGCCAUGAAAUGGAGAAAGCUCAGAAGCUGUUCGAUCAAAUGCCUGAGAGGGACGUUGUCUCUUGGAAUUUGAUGAUUUCGUGUUACAUGUCUAGCCGGGGAACUGAUUACAUUGACUAUGCAAGAUAUCUGUUUGAUAGUAUGCCCGCGAGAGAUGUUAUUUCUUGGAAUACAAUGAUAAGUGGGUAUGCGAAGGUUGGGCAAAUGGAUGAAGCAUUGAUGCUUUUUGAUUGUAUGCCCGAGAAGAAUGUGGUGUCCUGGAAUGCUGUUGUUUCGGGUCUUUUACAAAAUGGCCAUGUGAAAACUGCUGUCAAAACUUUCAAGAGAAUGCCAAAACGUGAUGCAGCUUCUCUUAGUGUGAUUGUGUCGGGAUUGAUCCAGAACGAAAAAUUGGACGAGGCUGCAAAUUUACUGCUUGAUUUUCAGAGAUGUUGUGGUGAAAGCAGUGAUCUGGUUUUUGCUUAUAACACGUUGAUUGCUGGGUAUGGUCAGAAGGGCAGGAUCAAAGAUGCUAGACGUCUUUUUGAUCAAAUGCCAUUUUAUGCAACGAAGGCUACACAAAAAUGUAGGAGGUUUGAAAGAAACAUAGUGUCAUGGAAUUCAAUGAUCAUGUGUUAUGUAAAGACUGGGGAUGUUGUUUCAGCUAGGGAGCUGUUUGAUCUAAUGGUUGAAAAGGACACUUUUUCCUGGAACACGAUGAUCAGCGGUUAUGUGCGUGUCUCAAAUAUGAAAGAAGCUUCGAAUCUACUCUCUAUGAUGCCAAACCCAAAUGUAUUUUCGUGGAAUUCAAUAAUCUCAGGAUAUGCACAAGGAGGCAGAUUGGAACUUGCUUAUAAAUUUUUCGAAAGGAUGCCACAGAAGAAUUGUGUCUCCUGGAAUACCAUGAUAGCAGGAUAUGAGAGAAAUGGAGACUAUGAAGGAGCUAUAAGACUCUACAUUGAGAUGCAAUUGGCAGGAGUAAAACCUGAUAAACACACAUUAUCUUCACUUCUAGGUGUUUGUGCAGAAACUGUAGAUCUGCAUCUUGGUAUGCAGAUUCAUCAGCUGGUUACAAAGACUGUUUUACCUGAUGUACCACUAAACAACUCCCUCAUUACUAUGUAUGCGAAAUGUGGGGCUAUAGUGGAAGGAAGGUCCAUUUUUGACAGGAUGAAACUUUGCAAAGAUGUAAUAUCUUGGAAUGCCAUGAUCGGAGGAUAUGCAUCUCAUGGCUUGGCUAAAGAAGCACUGGAACUGUUUAACACGAUGAAGAAGCUUAAAGUGAAACCAACAUACAUCACUUUUAUUGCUGUUCUAUCUGCCUGUGCUCAUGCAGGCCUGGUGGAAGAAGGUCGUUUCCAGUUUAAAUCCAUGGUUUAUGAUUUCGGUAUUGAGCCAAGGUUGGAGCACUUUUCCUCUUUAGUGGAUAUUGUAGGCCGUCAUGGCCGAAUCGAAGAGGCCAUGGAAAUAAUAAAAAGUAUGCCCAUUGAGCCAGAUAAGGUUGUGUGGGGAGCAUUAUUGGGUGCUUGUAGAGUGCAUAAUAAUCUGGAGUUUGCAAGAACAGCAGCUGAAGCAUUAAUGCAGCUUGAACCAGAAAACUCUGGUCCUUAUUUACUCCUAUAUAACAUGUAUAUCGAAGCUGGAAAAUUAGAUGAUGCAAAUGAGGUUAGGAUGAGGAGGGAUAGAAAUAAUGUGAAGAAAGAAUCAGCGUACAGCGUGGUGAAUUCUAUCCAUCGAUAAUCAAUAUAUCCAAUUGGAAGCCGUGUUACAACAACUACUUGUGGCAUAGAUGCAUGUACAUUUGUCUUCUUGAGACUCUGGGAGUUGAGACAUUUGGAAAGGUUGUGACUAUUUUGGAUCCAAACUGGAGACACGAUGUAGAGGAGGCGAGGGGUGAGGUGUGCAUAGUUCUUUGCUCCAGUUACAAGGCUUCACCUGAUUUUACUCUUUGGUAGCAACCAAACCCUUUGGGCAGCAAAGAAAUCUUAUUAAAGGGACAAGAUAAUAUGAUCCAGGAGUGCAUCUGCCCACAACGGAAUGAGUAGCAAGUGCUAACUAAUGCGCCGGUUCCACAUUUCUUCUCUAAAUGGAGGAUAAACCACAUAUUAUCCCACACCGGGGGAGGGUCGGCUAUAUGGGUGGAUCAAGUGAGGCCAUUCGGUCGGGUUCGGUCAUAGCCUCUAUAUGAAGGGUCAAGAGCUUGUGAUGAUUGUGCAAUCUAAAAGGGAAAUGCACUACAAUUCAAUCUUCUAAAAGGGAAUUGAAAAUUCAUUAAUGCACUAAAAGAGGAACAAAGUC